AUGGAAGGAAACAAUACGAUAGCUAGUGAGAGCUUUAAGGCCAUCAUCGUCGGGGGAGGCGUAGCAGGGCUUACCCUGGCAAACAUGUUGGAGAAGUUCGACAUCGACUACGUUCUUUUGGAAGCUCAUGGUGAUAUUGCACCAGCGGUGGGAGCAAGUAUCGGCAUGCUACCAAAUGGCCUUCGCAUCCUCGAUCAGAUUGGGUGCUACGAAAGGGUACUGGAUCUUCCCCGACAACCAAUUGAGGUCUCUCAUGCUCGCAACUCCAAAGGGAAAAGCCGGUUUCGUGUCAAUAAUCUCAGCGAACAUAUGGAGAGACGACUUGGGUAUCCCAUCCUGUUCUUCGACCGGCAAUGGCUUCUACGGCUUCUCUACGACAACCUGAAGCACAACGAUCGCGUCUUACUCAACAAGAAGGUGAUCCAAGUUGACCACAUUGAUGGUGGCAUUCAGGUUACCACUAAGGACGGCAAUAUCAUCCGCGGAUCCCUAGUCAUUGGCGUUGAUGGCGUGCAUAGCACUAUAAGAGAGCAUAUGAAACUGAUCGGCGACAAGUUACAGCCUGGAUAUUUCCCAGCCGGCGAAGAUGACCGUGUACCAUGCUAUUAUAGAUGUAGCUUUGGUAUCGCGCAGAAAGUUGAAGGCUAUAUCACCGGCGAGCAAAAUAACGUUCAAGCUAACGGCUGGUCGGGCCUAAUUAUUUCUGGUCCUGAGGACCGAGUAUACUGGUUUAUCUUCCAACGCCUGCCUGAGCCAAGAUAUGGCCGGGAUAUACCGAAAUAUACCAAAGAGCACGAGUCGCAGUUCAUCACUGACAAGGUCACCUUCGGCCAAAUAUAUUCGAGAAGAAUUUCUUCUACUCUUACACCGUUACACGAGAUUGUAUACAAGAAGUGGUUCUUCAAAAGAAUUAUGCUGCUUGGCGAUGCCGCACACAAGCCCAACCCAAUCUCCGGCCAAGGUGGAAACGGCGCCAUCGAAUCUACCGCUGAGCUUGUCAAUGCCAUUCUGCGGAUGAAGGAUGCUCGGGAUAGCGGCCUUGAAGCUCUAACCGAUAAGGAAAUCGAGGAGAUAUUCGACCAGACACAAUCUGCCAGACACGAACGGGAGAGGCUCCUUGUUGCUGAUGCCCAUAGGCUGCAAGCCUUGAGCGCAUACGAGAACUCCACACUAUCUACUUUGGUUUGGAACAUCAUUGGUCCAAUUAUGGGGGACGAACUGAUCCUAUCGAUCUGGACGAAUCCCAUGGUAGGCGGUGCGCGUCUGGAGCAAUUGCCCAUCCCAUGGCGCAAGCGGAUAGUCCCAUUCACAGACGAGCUACCAGCGAAGCCUCAAACAGGUGCCAAAACAUACAUGGGUCAGGGUGGGUUCGUGAUAGGUAUGAGUUUCUUGAUCUGGCUCGCUGGGAAAUCCUUGCGUCUUCCAAUGGCCGAACUUGGCUUUUGGAAAGGAGAUGUUAUAAUCGCACGACCUUGGGCUGGAUCCGGACAGAGUCUGCUCAGCAAGCUCGUGUCUUUCUUUUCUUACCCACUCACGGGGUCAGCCCUUGCUCCAAAAGUGCAACUCGUCUACUUUCUCUGUCAGCUCGCAUCACCAGUACUGAUGUACACUAUUGACGGCUAUCGCAAAGGCAAUCGAGCAACUCUUCUUGCUCUGCCCAGUGGUUUCCUUGGUAUGAUGCAGCUCAAAGGCAUUGGAUAUAUCGCGCCCUUGCAUGCUGUAUGUCGUGCGCUUCAAGGAACUGAUUCGCCAAUAGGGCGUUUCGUGCAACCUGAGGUGAGCGAGGCCCUGCUUCUCGCGCUUACGCUCGGCUAUGCGAUCCCGACCGCUCUCAUGCUCGCGCCUGGAAUGGAUGUUUCCACCCGGCAGGACUUCACUGCACUCUGGCAGUUCUCCCCAGUUCUGGUCUCGGCUUGCACAGCGCUCUUCUCGACCGGCCUUCGCUGGUAUAGGGUACAGCAGAGAAGACGACAACUAAGCUUCCAAACCCACGUAGAAGGCUUCGAACACUAUGCGACUGAAGACAUGCGUCCUCUAGAGACACUUUACACUCAUGGCAUCGCAAUACAGGCCGCCUCGCACAUAGCGACGCUCACGUAUGCCUAUUUCCAUCCGGGAAUCUCCAUCUCCAAGAUGCUCUUUGGUGUUCCCAACCCUUUCAGCGCUACAUGGAAUCUACCCGAUGUCGCCAAUAAGAUAGCGGUCUUCCUGAAGUAUGAUUUCGGCAUUGCUUGCUGUGCGUGGGCAGCGAGUGGCAUAUACUCCAUCUGGAAUCUGCGACGCCUUGGCUAUAUUCAAACCACAGACGCGUUCAAGGCAUCCUUGGGAACACUUAUUGGCCAGAUUUUGAUUGGUCCUGGCGCGACCUGGCUAAGCAUUGCUUUUUGGCAGGACAGGAUCUUGGCUGGUGCCAGGCGCAACUGA